GCAGGGAAGACCAUGAUGGAUGACACCGCUUCCAUGUUCGACGAUAUGUUCGGGGGUGGCGGUGGCGGCGACUCCAAGAACCAGGGUGCCGAACCUGCACCGAAUCCGCUCAAUAUGUUCAAAGGCUUCGUGAACCAGGAGCAUGCGCCCGCACCUGCACCCGCGCCUGCCACAAACGUUGGUAGUGUGCAAGAUGCCAUGGCCAUCUUUGGGAUGGCACAGGGGCGACGGCUGCAAAUGCCAAUGGGCAUGGGCGGAAUGGGUGGCAUGGGUGGAAUGGGCAUGCCGGGGAUGGGAGGCGGUGGCGGCGGAAUGGACCCUAUGAUGAUGAUGGGGGGAGCGGCCCAGGCAGCGCAGUUGGCCAAGCAGGUGCAGGAGCUUGGCGGUCUGAGCCACAAGGUCAUGCAGAGAUGUCUGAAAGGCGAUGCCCAGCAACUGCUGCACACCGCUGCAGCGCGUGCGCAGAACCCUGCAUGGAUGCAGAAGGCUAUGGUGGCCAAUGGCCCAAAAGCCCUCGGCCACAUGGCAGAUGCAAUCACUGCGUACCAUGAUGGUAAACCUGAUCAGUUCGGGACUGCAACUGGCACCGUGAUGCGAGAGUUUCUGCUCAGCAACCCUGACAGCAUCACGCCGGAGGUCCCGCUCCCACCGAAGGAGUCCCUUGCGAAUGUCACGGGUGGCUUCAUGGAUGGUUUCUUCGGCGAGGGCAUGAGAGCUACCAUCAGAACGCCGGAGAAGCCAAAUGGCAUCAAGAUUGACCUGAACAAGUGCUUGGGCGACAAUGCUGGAACCUUUCAGAAUAUGGCCCACAUCAUGGGCCUCUACACGAAGGGGGGCAUGCCCCAGACGCAGGCGGAGAAGGAGAAGAUGGCUUCACUGAUUCCGUGGAUGGGAAUGCAGAUGAUGCAGGUACAGAAGUCGUGCGACCUUAGCGCCGGCGACAUUCAGGCAAUCAAGGAUGCGGUGGCCGGCAUGGGCAAGGGGGUCGACUUCAACUUGCACAUUCCGCAGCCCUCAAACCCACUGGGCAAGUCCGAGGCCAUGAGGGACAUGGCCCAGACGGUGAGCGGCUACCAGAAGUUGAUUACGGACCCAUCUUCUGGCGUCAAAUUCGGGCAGGAGCUUGGUAACAUCGUCCAGAAAGUGGUGGAAACUGGCUUCAAUCAGAAGUACUAUGUAGACAGCGAGGGCCACCUGAGACAGCGUCUCGUACAACUUUCUUCCCAGGGUCAGCUCGCAGGUGCUCAGUCUCUGACCCCGGCACUUUUGGUUCUAGUUGUGGUGCUGCUGCUAUUGGUGCUCGUUGCAGUCAAGAGCCGGCGGGCCUUUGCAGGGUGGAAGGAGCACCUCUGCCAGAUGGAAUGUCCGGAGUCCAGCGUGACGGACAAGAUGAUCCCGCAUGACCUGGAUUUGGAGGCGAAUGAGCAGGAGAUCAAGCCCAUCCUGGACGAGGUGUAG